AGUUCAAAACGCCUGGGACCUGCCCAGUACAUUAUGUCAGCUGUCAAUGACACCAAAUCCAACUCUGCAGUGUUCCUGCUCACUGGGAUACCUGGGCAGGAAGACGUCCAUCUCUGGAUCUCUAUCCCCUUCUGCUUAAUGUAUGUUAUCUCAAUAGUAGGAAAUUCAGUCAUCCUGUUCAUUAUAAAAACAGAUCCUAGCCUCCAUGAGCCCAUGUACAUUUUCCUUUCCAUGUUGGCCGUCACAGACCUUGGCUUAUCGAUAACCACCAUGCCAACAAUACUGGGCAUAUACUUGUUUAACUCUAGGGAGAUCAGCCUUGAUGCCUGUUUUGCCCAGCUGUUCUUCAUCCACUCACUGUCAUUCACUGAAUCCUCCAUUCUCUUGUUGAUGGCCUUUGACCGCUUUGUUGCCAUCUGUAACCCACUGAGAUACGCUUCCAUCUUAACUCGUCCAAGAAUAGCCAAGAUGGGACUGAUGUUUGUGUUAAGAGGGUUUAUCCUAACAUUCCCACUCCCCUUUCUCUUGAAGCGGUUCCAAUACUGUCGAGCCAAUGUCCUCUCCCAUUCCUACUGCCUUAACCAGGAGGUCAUGAAGAUCGCUUGUUCAGAUAUCACAGUCAACAGCCUGUAUGGUUUGUUUAUUACACUCUUAAUGGUGGGGUUGGAUUCGCUGUUCAUAUUCCUCUCUUAUGUGAGGAUCCUCAAAACAGUGCUGAAAGUUGCAUCCCCCACAGAAUGCCUGAGGGCCCUGAACACCAGCGUCUCCCACCUCUGUGCUGUUCUCCUCUUUUACACACCAAAGAUCAGCUUGUCUGUGUUACACAGAUUCGGGAAGGGCUCUCCUCCAUUGCUUCAGAUUCUCCUGGGCUACGUCUACCUGCUGGUCCCGCCUCUGAUGAAUCCAAUUGUGUACAGCAUGAAAAGCAAACACCUUCGUGUGAGGAUAAUCAGGUUGUUUGUCAAGCGAUGGGUCAGUUCAUUACCCGGGUCCAGCGCUGGUUACAUGGCAGAUGAAAACCAGGGGACAUCUAUUCCAUCCUGGACCCUUACAUUCGAGAUGACAUAA